UCUAUUCUUCUUAUUGUACUUUCUGUCUUUUGCAUGCUGGUUAAUGCAAAGCCAUUGAAUAAGCGAGCUUUGAAAUCUUGUUACAAACAAGCCACAAUCACGCAAUACUGGAUUCCAAAGGAAGGAGAUAAGGAUAUGCUCAACAAUGGAAAAACCGUGACAUUGACUGGUAGCAAGUCAUCUACAUUGAAAACCACUGGUGGUUCUACUAUUGCCAAAGUCUCCAAAACAACAUAUGAGAAAUUUCAAAUGGAAGGUACAGGUUUACUUCAAAAUGGUGUCAUGGUUAAUUUAGACUCUGGAAAAGAUACCUUUUUAAAGGUAGACCGAAAUGAAAGUCCAUACGGUCUUGGUAGUUCUGAUGACAAUAAGCUUGUGCCCUGGGUGAGUGUUGCCUCAAACGACUUAAAGCAUGGCAGCAAGUUGUUUGUUAAGGAAUUGAAAGGCGUCAAACUACCUGAUGGUAAAGUCCAUAAUGGCUGUGUCCGUGUAGACGAUGAAGGAUGGAGUUUCAGUGGAUGUCAGAUCGAUUUUUUUGUACUUCAAUAUUCAGCCUACGAGAAAUUGCAAGACUUAAUUCCUGAGCAUGUUACU